AUGGAGAGCACGAAGUUUGUCAAGCUUCGCAGGCUACCCAUGAAGCUGUUACUGCCACUAUCAUCAAUAUUUGGGGGUUGCUGCUCGAACGUGUAUACGCUUGAGCGGAUCAUGGCUAGCACUCCACACAAUAUGGGUAACAUUGUAACGUUUAUGCAGGUCCUGUUUGUCGCGCUCAAGACUCUUCCAGAGUUUUUGGAAUUUCGCAAUCCUCCGACAUUCUUAAAAAGACGCAAAAUUCCUUUUAAAAUUCAUCUACUGUCGGUACUCUUAUUUUUACUGGGCACUGUAUCCAACAACAGUGUUUUCGCAUUCGGAGUUUCUGUUCCUUUGCACAUCGUCUUCCGCAGCUCGGCAACCGCUAUUACAAUGGUUCUUAGCUGGGCCAUAGGACAAAGAACUUACACCCAGAAACAGGUAUGCUCUGCUAUUCUUAUGACGACCGGCGGAGUUGUCACAAUAAUUUACAGAUCGUCUGAAUUCUCAAUUGAAAGCUUGAAAGUUGCAAAUAUGUCUUCUGUUAAGGCGGGAGAGGGGACUGGGCUGCUAUUGCUUAUCAGCUCUUCCAUUCUACUCUGUUCAUAUUCUUUGUUGAAUGAUUGGACAUACAGAACAUACGGCAAGCAUUGGAAAGAAAGCCUUUUCUAUAUGCAUUUGCUAAGCCUCCCGUUAUUGCUUGUCAAUUGGAGGCAGUUGAGGGAGGAGUUUAGAUAUCUGAUACAUGGCGCCAAAAUGGUUUCAAUUCCAUUUACUAACGCUAAAGUCCCCCCUGCAGUAAUUAUGAUGGUGGGAAAUGUUGUGACUCAAUCCAUCUGCAUUGAGGGUGUUAGCGCCCUAGCAAGCAUAACGGAUGCUCUUACAGUUUCUGUCAUCCUUCUUUUGCGAAAGCUGUCCAGUUUACUGCUAAGUGUUUAUCUUUUUGAUAAUAGUCUAUCAUGGACUGCACUGAUCGGGACGGUUACGGUUUUUAUAGGGGCACUGAUGUAUAUACUCUCAGCAGCCCCAUCUAGCGAUAUCGGCAAGGGUUCAAAAGGUGUGAAGUCGUUGUAG